GCGCUCAGGCCGAACGCGCAUUGACUGACCGCACGAGCAGGAGACGCGUCUGCUGCAGGAGCGUCUGUGUUCUUCUGGACUAAUUUAUAACUCUUGGAUAUUUUUUGUGAACGGGUGGGGUAACGGGAAACAAUACAAAGUGGACUGACUCAGCAAACGAAAAAUAAACAUGCUGUGUGUUCGCAGUUCAGGCGACUGUUUCCGGGACCAGAUGCGCUACAUGAUGAGGUCUCUGCAGGAUCUGAAGCAGAUACGUGAACCCACCGACCAAUCAAAGUGCUCAUAUGCGACUCGAGCAUGUCAAAAAAGGGCACAACAGCGGGAGCAGCUCAGCCGCCUGCGGAAUUCUGACGUCAGUGACGCCAGCACCUACGAUUCGACCUGCUGCCUGGCCAGUCCGCUGGAGGAAGAGGAGGAUGAGGAGGCCAGUGUUGACCGCCUACCUCAAGGCUCCCCGAGCAGCGUGAAAAGUCUGGACUUUGAUUCGGGGUACUCUGAAGCAUCGUGGCAGGAAGAGGGUGUGGUGUUGAGGCGUACGAGGAAUGUACGUGUUUCAUCGUCUGCGUGCGUCCGCACCAACCGAAUCCGACCCAAAUCCACAUCAGACGCAUGCCUGGAGCGCUGGACAUCAUUUGAGGCCAGCGACCCAACGGACUGGACCACGUCUUUGUUAACCCGAGGGCGUAACAGGCAACCAUUGGUUCUUGGGGACAACAGUUUUGCAGAUCUUAUUAAGAACUGGAUGGAUCUUCCAGAAUGCCCAGAUUCUGCAGAACUCAAGCCGAACGCCAGCCGCAAAAUAGCCAAGGACUUUCUGGUCAACAUGCGACGGAAAUUAGCGGGCAUGUCAAAGGGAGUUGAGGAGAGAAAGGCUUGCACUAAACGCAUGUCUUGUCCUGUGGGAUUUCAAGCACCCAAACCGUUCUUUCACCAGUCCCACACAAGUUUGCACCAAUUGGGACCAGACUUUUACCAGUUCAGCGCUGUCAUGACGACAGGGAGUCGACAGCCUAUUAUAUGCAAUGACAUCAUUAGAUACAUCUGACGUUUAUGAAAACGGACUGGAGUUUAUUUCUGAAAACAUCUCAUAUUGAU